UUUUCCCAAAGGGAGAUGGGGAGGGGAGGCUCGCGCAGCAAACCAGCCAACCCAAAACAAAAAAACACAAAGCCCUCUCCGCCUUCCACGCCCCUCCUUAAGUAAAAGCAGCCAUUCAGAUUGUGGGAAGAGUGGCUAGGGGCCAAUUUCUGUCGAGAGGGGUGUGGCCUAGACCUGGAGCUAAGCUUUUCGGUCUGGAAGGAACCGGCUACAGAAGAUUAACUACGCGCAUUUGGAGGAGCCGGUGCAAAGAGUUCUUGGCCAAGAUGUGGGCACAGCUGAUGGUGUGCCUGGUGUUAUGUGGGACAGCCUCUUCUAUGCAGUGCCCUGAUGGUCGCAAAUGUGAGGGAUCCUCCAUUUGUUGCAAGCUCUCUGGAGAGGAUGGAUAUGCCUGCUGUGACCGACCUCAGUUCAUGGGAGCAUCCCUGCUCAUGUUUCCCCCAGAAGACAAUUAUCUCCUUCAGAUGAAGGAGGCCUCGGGCGUUCUGUGCCUGGAUGGGAGUAUGUGCCCAGUGGAAUACUCCUGCCUGCGCACACCAGAUGCUGUCUUUGCCUGCUGCCCCUGGAAAGAGGGCAUCUCCUGCGCCGAUGGACGCCAUUGCUGCCCCCUGGACUCACACUGCAGUGCUGAUGGGCGAUUCUGCUUACAGAACGAAGUUCCCAUCUCUCCUGCCAAAGUCAGUGCUGUUCAAUGCCCGGACGGUGAAUCGGAAUGCCCAAACGAUUCUACUUGUUGUAUGAUGCCCGAUGGAACCUGGGGCUGUUGCCCAAUGCCAGAGGCAUUGUGCUGCGAAGACAAGAUCCACUGCUGUCCUCACAACACAACUUGCGAUCUGCCCCAUGCACGGUGCUUUGCAGCCUUCGGGGAGCAAGCUCUUCGGAAGAAGUUCCCAGCAAACAAACGAGCGCUUGUGUUGGAUCCGCCUCAGAUCAAUAUCUGCCCGGGUAAUCAGUCUAGCUGUCCAGAUGUUGCCACCUGUUGCCUUCUCCCAACUGGCCAAUAUGGCUGUUGCCUCCUACAAAAUGCUGUGUGCUGCAGCGACCGCCUUCACUGCUGCCCACAGGGCACCACGUGCGAUCUGACACAUUCCAAAUGCACCAUGACCCCGCAGCGGUCGUGGCCCAUCACACGUCUUGCUGUGGACCUCCACCUCUCAGCCCAUGAUGUACAAUGUGAUGUGGAGCACAGGUGCCCAGAUGGGAACACCUGCUGCCGGCGUGGCCCAAGCACGUGGGGGUGCUGCCCCCUGGAGGAGGCCGUUUGCUGCUCAGACAAUAUCCACUGCUGCCCAAAGGGUUACACGUGUGACUUGUCGGCAGGGUCCUGCCUGAGAGACAGCAGAAGCACCCCACGGCUGGCAAAAGCAGGACCAAGCUCCCCUGCAAGCUCUGCAGGCAAGGUGGUGCAGUGCGACACUCAUACCAGCUGCCCAGAUGGGCACACCUGUUGCACCCUCUCAUCGGGUGUUUGGGGCUGCUGCCCACUGCCGAAGGCUGUUUGCUGUAAGGAUGGCACCCACUGCUGCCCUGCCGACUACUAUUGUGAUCUGUCGCACGGCACUUGCACGAGGAAUGGAGACAGCGUACCUUGGCUGGAGAAGAAGCCAGCAAUCGUUGGCAUCACUUCUUCAAGCAGGGAUGUGAGAUGUGACUACCAGUUUAGCUGCGCAGAUGGGCAGACGUGCUGCUGGAGGGGAAUGCAGGGCUGGGCCUGUUGUCCGCUCCCACAGGCAGUCUGUUGCGCCGACCACGUCCAUUGCUGCCCCAGCGGCUACACCUGUGACUCGGCACACAGUUCCUGCGUCAAAGGCGGGGGGCCCUCCCAGCGGGUCUUGCUGGUUCUCGGUCUACCAAGGCAAGAUAGUGAUGCAAAAUGUGAUGACCGCACAAGUUCCACAGAUGGUCACACGUGCUGCCAGCUGGCCUCGGGCAAGUGGGGGUCCUGCCCUUUCCCAGAGGCCGUCUGUUGUGCAGACCAUGUGCAUUGUUGCCCCAAAGGCUAUGCUUGCGAUCCAGCCCUGGGCACCUGCCAGGAGUCUCAGCACUCUCUGCCUUGGGUGCCAAAGCAUCCUGCCGGUGUGCCUCAAACUCACGGCAUCCGGUGCAACGACACCGUCAGCUGCGAGGAAGGGCAGACCUGCUGCAAGGGUGUGUCGGGUGCUUGGAGCUGCUGCCAGCUGCCCAACGCUGUUUGCUGUGAGGAUCACCAACACUGUUGUCCCUCUGGCUACACCUGUAAUGUGGCUGCUCAGACCUGUGAGAAACAGCCGUGGCCCAGGCUCCUUCCUGCAGGAGGCCUGCUGAUUUCUUCACGCACUGCCACAUCCGGCCGGGAUGUGUCAUGUGAUUCUCAGCACUACUGUCAUGACCACCAGACCUGCUGCAAGACACGCUCUGGUGGGUGGGCUUGUUGCCCCUAUGACAAGGGCUCCUGCUGCUCCGACAAACGCCACUGCUGUCCACCUGACUUCCGUUGCUCCAAAAGCGGAUAUGAAUGCACUAAAGUGAAGCCCCUCCGUUGGGACGCCCGUGCCUCCUCCCCUCGCUCUACCCAAGCACAAACCUUGCUCUGAAGUGCCUUUUGGGCUGGACUCUCCCAGUGCUUGGGGGCUGAAGUGAACUCUGCUUUUUCAGGGAGGGGCACUUGUAUGUAGGUGAGGAAGAGCAGGGCAACUUCUGCCAAGUUGCUGUUCUGAUUCUGAAGGGGUUCUUGCUGGCUUAUACUUGCUCCCUAUGUGGAUGGAAUAUUCUCCUUUGAGGCUUUGCCUCUAAUAAUAAAUCUGCUCUCUUGCAGCAGCCCCCCCACCCCAUUCCUCCCUCUUGCUCUCCGUGACCUUUGGUUCGCUGCCAUGCUAUGGACUAGAAUCUGGAAGGCAGAUUUACACAAGCGCAGUGUCUUGCUUUGCCCCAGCAGUCCUCCUCACCAAAUGGUUUUUGUUUACUGUCAAGUACUUCCCUAAAAAGAAAAAAAAAUCUUGACACUGAAUUGGCAGUUGUUUGCUGCAUUGCUUACCUUCCCUGUGUCUUGGGUGUGUACUGUCCCACUUGAGGCUCUUUCUGUGUUUUGAGGUUGGUUGGUUUGUUCUUUUCCCUUGUGUUGAAGACAUCCCUCCAUUGCACCAGAACAGAGAUCCAUAUGUGCUCAACAUAACCUCCCCAAACAUCCAGCAAAUUCACUGGGGCUGCAGAUGCAUCCCUUUCUCUCUCCCCCUCCCUCACUGUCUCCGAGAUGCUGUGAUGGUUUUAAUUUGUCUUUUUUUUAAAGAUUCCACACUCCUACCCAUUUCAGCGAGGGCCCUAGCUCUUUUGCAAGCAGAAGCUAGCUUGGUGUUGGGGUAAAGUUGGCAGCCACCUAUUACUCUCCCAGUUUAUGUCCUACCCUGUGGCACCCCGCAUCCCCCUUUCAGAUCAGGCUCAAAUUUGUGUUCCUCUCUGCUUAUCUGAGAGCCUCCACUUGUGGGAGAGUGGGGAGAAGAGAAAGAAGCAAACUUCGAUGCUGCGGUGCAAGUGUGGGCAAAUCCAAUAAAGUGGACUUGAGUGUAAGGAGUACAAGAAUGAAAAUACACGUUUGAGGGCAAAGGUGGUGGAUCUAACAUUAGCCCUUGCUGAAAUUUCAAGUGCUCACAGCUAGGAUGGACUUCACUACAGCAUGUACUGGGUGAGACUUAACAGCUGCUUUGCCCUUUGAAAUUCCAUCCAGAUCCCUGUUGGGUUCUCUGCAUUGUUGCAGAAACUACCUAACAUUUUACUCCAUACCAAUGAAUUGAAAGACUACUAAAUUACGUAGCUCAGGGGUCCCCAAACUGUGGUCUGUGGGCCACCAGUGGCUCAUGAGCUUUAUCCAAGUGGUCCAUGGCAUGUCUGUGGAUUUGUGGUUGGAGACAUGAGAUGGCACAGCCAUUGCAUUAAAUAGUCAUAUUGGUUUUAA